AACUUAUCUUUUUUGUCCACUCACGGAGAUCUGAGUUAUGACCAAUUACCCAAUUCAUUGAUUAUCUUUCCCCUCCCAGACUCGAUAACUCCUCUCCCAUCGCCCAUCUUGUUGUGCUGCCUGGCCCCCCAGAAUGCUCGCGACGUGAGGGGAAAUAACCCGAGGACUGCCACACUUGACUGCUGCACCUUUCCUUCGCUUGGUUCAUAUAUCAAGCACCCCUCAGACAUCUCACAGAGAGUGACUCUUUCCUCAGUCAGCAGAAAAUGGACAGUUGGAUGAACUGCCUCUCCCUCGAAUACAUUGCGCUAUCUGUCGGUUGACAGUACUGUACAUCCAACCAAUCCAUUGAAAACAACAACCAUCAUUUUUCUGCAAAUCUCCCUCCCGUAUGGACGUGGAAAACCCCGAAACCCUCAAGCCGUUCCACUCGGGCGAUCAACAUGCCCAAGAUGCCAGCGACCUCGCCGCGAUGGGCCAUGACCAGGCCCUGUCGCGCAAAUUCGAUAUCUGGAGCAUGCUCUCGCUAGCCUUCUGCGUUCUAGGCACCUAUUCCACUUUUGCUCAGGAUCUUGACAGUGGGCUUACCAAUGGAGGUCCCAUCUCCAUUCUGUGGGGUCUUGUUCUGGUCACCGCAUGUAAUUUGUGUGUUGCUGUCUCCCUUGGGGAGCUGACCAGUAGUAUGCCCACGGCCUUGGGCCAGGCCUACUGGGUCUUCCGACUCUGGGAGACCCCGUUGGGUCGCUUUGCCUCGUACAUGUGUGCGUGGAUCAACACCUUCGGGUGGUGGACCCUGACGGCCUCGCAGGUGGCCUUCAUGACCGAGUUCCUGCUGGGGAUGAAGGUCCUGUUCGACAACUCGUGGGGCGGCGCUGGCACGGGUUGGCUGGAAUUCGUCGUCUACAUCGGAUGCGUCCUGGUGCUGACGCUGGUCAACCUCCUCGGCUGCCGGAAGGAGAAGUUCCUGCCCUGGCUGAACAACUUUGUCGGAGUGUGGUUCACCGCGCUGUUCGUCAUCCUCUCCCUCGCCCUGCUCAUCUCCGUGGGCGUCAAGAAAGAUCUCACCUUCCAACCGGCCUCGUUUGUCUUUGGGAAUUGGAUGAAUGAGACCGGCUGGGACGACGGGGUGGUGUGGUUCAUUGGGCUGGUGCAGGCGGCGUACGGACUGACAGCCUUUGACGCAGUGAUCCACAUGGUGGAGGAGAUUCCCGCGCCGCGCCGCAACGCCCCGCGCGUGAUCUGGCUUUCGGUCCUGAUGGGUGCGAUCACCGGUUUUAUCUUCAUGGUGGUCUGCCUGUUCUCGAUUCAGGACGUUGACAACGUCAUCAACUCAGCGACCGGCCUGCCCUUCAUGGAGUUAAUGUUGGAAACCGUGGGGCUAGAAGGCGGCGCCACCCUCUUGGCCUUGUUCAUCUUCAACGGCCUCGGACAGGGCAUCAGCAUCCUCACCACCGCCUCCCGGCUCACCUGGGGCUUCGCGCGCGACGGCGGCCUGCCCUGGAGCGGGUAUCUGAUGCACGUCGACCCGGUGUGGAAGGUGCCCGCGCGGGCGCUGUGGUUCCAGGGCUUUCUGAUCGCGCUGGUCGGGGUCCUGUACCUGUUCGCCGACACCGUCCUCCAAGCGAUCCUGAGCGUCAGCACGAUCGCGCUGACCAUCUCGUACGGCCUCCCCAUCGCCGCGCUGCUGAUCGUCGGCCGCGACAAGCUGCCGCCCGGCGAGUUCCACCUCGGCCGCUGGGGCGCCCCCAUCAACUACAUCAGCGUCAUCUACUGCAUCGUGACCACGAUCUUCUUCCUGUUUCCCGGCGCCCCCAACCCGUCCGCCAGCGACAUGAACUGGGCGAUCGCCGUGUUCGGGGUCAUGCUCGUCGUGGCCGUCGGGUUCUGGUUCCUCCAGGGCCGCCACACCUACCUCAAGACCGAGGACGCGAUCGCGACCAUGGUCCAGGCGCAGCGGCUGGAGAUCGAGGCCGAGCAGACGGAGGCGAAGAAGACUUGAGAUCUUGGUGGUUGUAAAUAGUGACCCAGACCCCCUUGCACAUACUGUCUAUAUCUGGGUUCAAGUGUAGAUCAGACUGAUCGUCUAUAUCUCUUGUUACAGUGUCUAUACAUAUCCAUACAUUGACAUAUUUUGGAACGCAAAUCCUAAAAAAUCUUGC